AUCUGUUUUGGUUGUUUCCUCCUGUAGCCAGCCCAGCCUCAAGAGGUUUCCGUGACUGCCCGCAGCGGUGUUUGAAGAGGUGCUUAUACAAGGAGGUCAGAAACCUGCUGCGUGCUAGAGGGAGACUCAUUGGGGACAACACAACUCCCCUCUUUGCAGCACCCUAUAAGACUAAUAAGAGAGAUGACUUGUCAAACAAAAUUCAGAACGUGCUGGGCAAUUAUGAGGAUGUCAUGGGGUUCAUCAACUCCAAAAAACAGCGGAAUUUCCUAGGGCUUCAGAGAGUUCUUCUUCCGGCCUCACAUGCAGCACCUCAUGUUCCACACUCCUUUGACAAAAAUACCUUUGGAAAGAGCUCAGAUUCGAAGGUGAACGCCAGAGCCCAACGAUCCAAAUCAGAAAUCCCUUCUGGGCCCAUAAAGCGAACCUUGCACUGUGAUGCCCAAACCGUUAAUGAAAUUUUGAAGGAAAUGACCCAACCAUGGCUACCUCUUCUGACAGACAUUCCUUCUCCUCCUACUGCAGAGCCUUCCAAAUUUCCAUUCCCAACAAAGAGGAAAGCAGUGGACGAAGAGACAAAUAGGAAGAAAUUGAAAUUGGAGAAAGAACAAAAAUCCCUGAACUCUUCACCUAAGAAAGACUCCAAGGAAUUGAAAGCAUCAAACUCCAGGGCUUCAACUGAAUCCCAGAAGAAAGGUUUUCUAUUUCCACCACUGCCACCAGUGUCUGCCAUACAACCUGCACCAAAGUCAACCAAGGUGGCACAAAAGAGAUGCAGAAGCGAGAGUGAUGAGCUCUCUGCCAUUGAUUACACCAUCAAUAACAAGAGGGACUACAAGGAUCCUUUGAUUAACAAGUACCGCAAAGUGGAGAGUAGCCAACCUGAGCUGUCAAAGGCUAUCAAAGGAUCUGCCGGACACGUCACAAAACUUCUCCCAGUGCCUUCUUUGCCAAAUGGUGCCUCCCAGCCAAAGAGACCUCAACUCAAGUUUGAAAGAGGUUUUUGGAGAAUUUGA